AUGGCGGGAGGAGAAAGGGAAAGGGAGGAGAGGGGUGGCGGGCGUGAGUGCUGCUGGGAGGUGGACUUGGAGCAAAGACCCCGCCUCCACCAUCCGAACAAACCAGCGCGGGCACUGCUGCUGUCUAGUACUAGUACUGCUGCUGCUACUAAAUUUGUAUGCCCGGCUGGGGCUCUCAGUCGGGGCUGCCGUCUGUCUUCUUCAACCGCCAACUGUAUCUUCCCAUCUCACACCCACCCACCCACCCACCACCGCACCACUCAUCAGAUGACAGACUUAACAGAUGGCGAAAAUUCGUCAAAGCAACAGACUGAUGUUCAAACUAUGCCAAAAGUUGAGCCUUUGAGUUAUGACGUGCCAUUGCCAUCUGAGAAUGUGCACUCAAGGAUUAUGGUGAACAAUGUUGCAAGCUCAUCAUCCAGCAAUACAAGAUCUUUCAUCAUGGAGAUGGGAUUUGAACCAUAUCUUGUGGACAGGGCAAUUAGAGAACAUGGCGAAGACAAUGUUGACUUGAUAUUGCAGACUCUCUUUGCAUAUUCUGCUCCUCAAAAACCAAAAUCUGAGCAUUGUAAUUCAGUUGAUGCCUUAUUUCACAACAAUAAUAAACUCCCUGCAGAUUGUGGUGCAAGCGAGACUGUUGAUAUAUCAGACUCAUCAGAUUCUCUGGAUAGUUUGUUUGGGGAUGAUCGGGAAACUUGCAGUCACUUCGAUCGCAAUAGAGAUGUAUUCUUGAAAGAGGAGCCUGAUGUAGAUAGUGUCAUGAGCGAGAAAAAGGCAUCCUUGGUCGCAAUGAGUUUCUCUAAAGAUGAAGUGGAGUUUGCAAUGAAUGAGCUUGGUGUAGAUGCUCCUAUCAGUGAUUUAGUAGAUUUUAUCUUUGCUGCUCAGAUAGCUGACAACUAUGCAAAAGGUGUAAAUAAGCCUACUCCUAGUGAUGUAGGAAAGGACCAGCAAUUCAGCACUGAAGCAUUGUUUGGAACAAUGGAGAAGACACUUGUAUUAUUUGAAAUGGGUUUUUCAGAACAACAAAUUUCAACAGCUAUUGAGAAGCAUGGUUCAGAAGUUCCCGUCUCGGAGCUUGCUGCUUCAAUUGUAGCAGAAGAAGACACUGGCACAAAGACAGACAAGCAUCUUCUAGCAGGCUCAAGUCUGAGUAAUUCUACUGCUGGAAAAUAUCAUUCCUUUCAUCCAUCUUUUGUAAAAGCCGAGGAGUAUAGCUUAGAUGAUGUUUCCUGCAGAAACUUUGAUGUCCUGGAAAAGUUGAAAGGCAAAAGGCCAAAAGAAAAAUGUGAUGAUGAGCUAUGUGGUUUGAAAAUCCCAAAGCAAGAAUACAAUGAAGACUUCAGCUAUUUUCUAGCCCCAGUGCGGUCAGAAGCAACACAAAGAGACUCUAUUUCAUAUGGUAGUUGUCAUAUGCAAAUUCCAAAGAAGAAGAUUCACCGUGGAGCAGAACAAAUGGGCAUUUAUGGACCAGAGAAAUUGCCAAUGCCCAAGUCGUGCAGAGCUUAUGAUGAUAUGUUGGCUAAACCUCCUUAUUUCUUUUUUGGGAACGUUAUAAGUUUAACCCACGAGUCAUGGGUCAAAAUCUCGCAGUUCCUGUACGCAGUUCGGCCAGAGUUUGUCAGCACUGAUACUUUUUCUGCUUUAAGUCGAGAGGAAGGCUAUGUUCAUAACCUCCCUACUCAAAAUAGGUUUCACAUUCUUCCAAAGCCACCAAUGACUAUACAAGAAGCUAUACCACGCACGGCAAAAUGGUGGCCUUCAUGGGAUACAAGGAAACAGUUGAGCGUCUUAGCUGCUGAAGCCACGGAGAUGUUUCAAGCGUGUGAGAGGCUUGGAAGAGUGCUAGGUAACUCCAGAGGACUUUUGUCUGUUGAACAACAGUCAAACCUUCUCCAUCAAUGUAAGAUGUUUAAUCUUCUUUGGGUUGGCCCUCACAAAUUGGCCCCUAUAGAGCCAGAGGAUGCAGAGCGCAUUUUCGGCUAUCCGGUGCAUCAUACUCGAUCUGCUGGCUUUAUCCUUUCGGACAGGCUUUCAUCACUCAAAAAUUGCUUUCAGAUUGACACAUUGGCAUAUCAUCUUUCAGUAUUGAAAUCUCUUUUUCCUGGAGGAUUAACUGUUCUGUCCAUCUAUAGUGGAAUUGGCGGGGCGGAACUUGCUCUUUACAAGCUUGGUAUUCAAUUGAAAGUUGUUGUUUCCAUAGAGCCUUGUGAAGUAAAACGAAGGAUUCUAAAGCAUUGGUGGGAGAAACAUGGAAUAACUGGGGAGUUGGUGCAGAUGGAAAGCCUUGGGAGUCGUCUAGCAUUUAACAAGCUUGACGGUCUGAUACACAAGUACAGCGGAUUUGAUAUUGUGAUUGGUCAAAACCCAUCCACUUCUUCGUCUAGAAGCUCAUGUUCUAAAAAAGACAAGAACUCGUCAGGUUUAGAUUUUCAGUUGUUUUAUGAAUUUGUUCGUGCUUUACAACUUGUGAGGAGUACAAUGGAGAAAAACAAAUAGGUUUAUCCAAUUUGUUAAGCUUCUCCAACUGUGCAGUGUUGUAAUACUUCUUUCGUUCUUCGCUUAGUGUACGAGACGAUUUAAGUUGCUAUUCUGUGAGAUAGUCCAUAUUGCUGGUUACAAAGUCCAGCCAUUUUGCGAGUC